ACCAGGUCGGGGGCGGGGCUGGCCCGCGCCUCUCCCCUGGUCCCCGCACCCUGGCCGGCGGCUGCGAGCGCAGGGCCCGGCCCGGGAGCCGCUGGAGCAGGGCCCGCAAUGGAGGCCGCAGCCCCGGGUCGCGCCCAGCCCUGAGCGCCCCCGUCGGCGGCCAUGCUUCCCCGAGGGCGCCCCCGGGCGCUGGGGGCCGCCGCUCUGUUGCUGCUGCUGCUUCUGCUCGGAUUCCUCCUGUUCGGUGGGGACCUGGGGUGUGAGCGCCGCGAGCUGGGCGGUAGAGCUGGGGCCCCGGGAUGCUCCCCCAGCCAGCUAAUGCCACGUGUCUCCCCAGACUGGAGGCUGCGGGGAGCCGCCGCCCUCGACGGAGACCCUCUGGCCGGACCCAGGGACCGCAACCCCUCCGACUGCGGCCCGCAGCCGCCGCCGCCGCCCAAGUGCGAGCUCUUGCACGUGGCCAUCGUGUGUGCGGGGCAUAACUCCAGCCGACACGUCAUCACCCUGGUGAAGUCCAUGCUCUUCUACAGGAAGAAUCCACUGCACCUCCACUUGGUGACUGACGCUGUGGCCAGAAACAUCCUGGAGACGCUCUUCCAUACAUGGAUGGUGCCUGCUGUCCGUGUCAGCUUUUACGAUGCCGAUGAGCUCAAGCCCCAGGUCUCCUGGAUCCCCAACAAGCACUACUCCGGCCUCUAUGGGCUAAUGAAGCUGGUGCUGCCUGGCACCCUGCCCGCUGAGCUGGCCCGCGUCAUUGUCCUGGACACAGACAUCACCUUCGCCUCUGACAUUGCUGAGCUCUGGGCACUCUUUGCUCACUUUUCUGACACGCAGGCGAUCGGUCUCGUGGAGAACCAGAGUGACUGGUACCUGGGCAACCUCUGGAAGAACCACAGACCCUGGCCUGCCUUGGGCCGGGGAUUUAACACAGGUGUGAUUCUGCUGCGGCUCGACCGGCUCCGGCAGGCUGGUUGGGAGCAGAUGUGGAGGCUGACGGCCAGGCGGGAGCUCCUUACCCUACCUGCCACCUCACUGGCCGACCAGGACAUCUUUAACGCUGUGAUCAAGGAGCACCCAGGGCUGGUGCAGCCUCUACCCUGCGUCUGGAAUGUGCAGCUGUCCGACCACACACUGGCUGAGCGCUGCUACUCUGAGGCGUCUGAUCUCAAGGUGAUCCACUGGAACUCACCAAAGAAGCUUCGGGUGAAAAACAAGCACGUGAAGUUAUUCCGCAAUUUCUACCUGACCUUCCUGGAGUACGAUGGGAACCUGCUGCGGAGAGGGCUCUUUGGGUGCCCCAGCCAGCCCCCGUCUGGUGCUGAGCAGUUGCAGCAAGCCCUGGCACAGCUCAAUGAGGAAGACCCCUGCUUUGAGUUCCGGCAGCAGCAGCUCACUGUGCACCGCGUGCACGUCACCUUCCUGCCUCAUGAGCCACCACCCUCCCAGCCUCACGAUGUCACCCUUGUGGCCCAGUUGUCCAUGGACCGGCUGCAGAUGUUGGAAGCCCUGUGCAGGCACUGGCCGGGCCCCAUGAGCCUGGCCUUGUACCUGACAGACGCAGAAGCCCAGCAGUUCCUGCGUUUCGUUGAGGCCUCCCCAGUGCUCGCUGCCCGGCAGGAUGUGGCCUACCACGUGGUGUACCGUGAGGGGCCCCUGUACCCUGUCAACCAGCUCCGCAAUGUGGCCUUAGCUCAGGCCCUCACACCUUACGUCUUCCUCAGUGACAUUGACUUCCUGCCUGCCUAUUCUCUCUACGACUACCUCAGGGCCUCCAUUGAGCAGCUGGGGCUGGGCAGCCGGCGGAAGGCAGCGCUGGUGGUGCCAGCAUUCGAGACCCUGCACUAUCGCUUCAGCUUCCCCCCUUCCAAGGUGGAGCUGCUGGCCUUGCUGGACGCAGGCGCUCUCUACACCUUCAGCCUGGCUUCCAUCCGACCCUGCCGCACAGGUACCACGAGUGGCCCCGGGGCCACGCACCCACAGACUAUGCCCGCUGGCGGGAGGCUCAGGCCCCAUACGGUGUGCAGUGGGUGGCCAACUAUGAACCCUAUGUGGUGGUGCCACGUGACUGUCCCCGCUAUGACCCUCGAUUUGUGGGCUUCGGCUGGAACAAGGUGGCCCACAUCGUGGAGCUGGAUGCCCAGGAAUAUGAGUUCCUGGUGCUGCCCGAGGCCUUCACCAUCCAUCUGCCCCACACUCCAAGCCUGGACAUCUCUCGCUUCCGCUCCAGCCCCACCUAUCGUGGCUGCCUCCAGGCCCUCAAGGACGAAUUCCACCAGGACUUGUCCCGCCGCUAUGGGGCUGCUGCCCUCAAAUACCUCCCAGCCCUGCAGCAGCCCUGGAGCCCUGCCCGAGGCUCCUGAGGCUGCCCCUCUGUGCACUGGGCAGACACCAGGGCAACCCAGCCUGCCCUCCGCUAUCCCUGCUAUUUAAAUUAUUUAAGGUCUCUGGGAAGGGCUGGGGAGGAGCAUCUGUGGGGUGGGGUCUUCCCCUUGCUGCUAUUGUAUGGCUGGGGUCUGGCCUCCCUCUGCCCCAGACAGUUCGGGGCUGGUUCCCCCAACUUCAAUUGUUCAUCCCUUUUUCAUAAUUAAAGUUUUAAAAAAUC